AUGAUUUUCUGGAAAUUUCUCCUUCUAUUUCUGCUGCAAACCCUAGCUUUCUUCCCCGUCUUCUUCGACUCCCACCUCCUACCGUGGUCGUUGAUCAUAGCAUGCCGAGCCCCAGUCUUCUUCGACUGUACCAGCUGGAGGUUUUCGGUGGAGGCUAACAAUGUGAAUCCAUGGAAGACAAUCCCAUGGGAAUGUGUAGGGUAUGUGAAGAACUACAUCACCAGCCGGGAUUAUGGUGUUGAUCUGGAGAGGGUUUAUGCUGAGAGUGUUGAAUUGAGUGGUGAUGGCAAAGAUGUGUGGAUUUCGAUGUUGAUGAUACUCUUCUAUUGGAGUUUCGAGAGCUUUGUGAAACCGGUUCCUGCUAAUGCCAAAAGAAUGGCUGAAUGUCACAUGGUUGAAAUGAUACUUACAGUAUACUUCAAUCCUACUGAGUUGGAGUUGCAUGUCACAUUGAUAGCUGGUCCUGAAAAUAAUGUGAGGACUAUUGUUUCUAGUGGCACCUUCAACUUUGAUGGCCGAGAAUAUCUCUACUCUAGCUUCUCUUUGCAUGGUACUUCAGGGUCGGAAAUGGAGAAAAGAGGUGAAAAGGAGCAUAAAUGA